AUGAGUAAUCAAAUGAGAAGGAGACUUAUGAUGGAUUACAAGAAUAUUAAGAAUGAUCCUCCACCAGGAAUAGAAGCAAGACCAAAUCCAGAAAAUAUAUCAGAAUGGGAUUGUAUAAUAUUGGGACCAAUUGGAACAAUUUUUGAAGAUGGUGUUUAUAGAUUAAAAAUGGAAUUUAAAGAUGAAUAUCCUAUAAAUCCACCAAUAUUACGUUUUAUUACAAAAAUGUUUCAUCCAAAUAUAUAUGCAAAUGGAGAUAUUUGUCUUGAUAUUUUACAAAAGCGUUGGCUUCCAUCAUAUACAAUUACUUCAAUAUUAACUUCCCUUCAGUCACUUUUAGAUGAUCCUAAUUGUGAUUCACCUGCUAAUGCAGAAGCAGCAGAAUUAUUUCAAAAAAAUAGGGCAGAAUAUAAUAGGCGUGUCAGUGAAGUAGUUAUGAAUUCACUAUUAUUUAACGGUAAACUAACUAAAAAACAGGAACGAAAACUUGAGCACAUGGACAGAACAAAAAUUCCCUAUCUAGAAGAUUUAAAUGUUUCUGACUGUGAAAAAGAUUUAUUAAGUGAUAGUGAAGAUGAAGAAAGUGAAGGAACAUCUGAUACACUUUCUACUGAAACAGAAAAAAAUUCUCCAAAGUCAUCUGACCAUAUGGAAGAUGAGUAG